UAUGCUUUGGCUUAUCAUGGUCAUUUACGGUAAACCCUUUGCUAUUUCCUUGUACGAUAUAAACAACAUAUUCUAAGUGUCAUAAUCUUGGCGCACAAUUGAGGCUGUGUCUUACUAGCUACUACAAGUAUGGCUUUCCAUAUUCAUAUUCGUGAGGAUGUGGACAAAAGAGAGAUUGAGAUCACUGGGAAUACCAAUGAUGCCAUGGGAUAUGCUGAGACUUUGCUACAGAACUACCCAUUUCAUAAAAUCAUGAAAGAAAAAAAAGACAUUUGUCAUGGCUUCCUUUUUGGACGUUGCUUUGAAGGAGAUGUGUGCAUGGGUGUCCAUUCUACUAUGCCAUAUCAAUGGGAGGUGGAGAAUGGACUUGGUUGGUCAUGUAUCCCAGAGAAUGAGGGCAUUGAGAGAGACUACUGUGACCCAGCAAAGACCGAGAGCCAUGGAAUACCACCGGUGAAUUUUAUCCUCAUGAUCCGCGGUCACAGCAAAGUUCGGCGACUUGCUACGGUUUCCUCCCUGGACCAACCAGAAGCUGUCCUUGCUACCGAGUGGGCUUGGUACUGGGAAGAAGAGGAUGAAUGCUGGAACGCAUUUUGGUCAUCAACUAUGGAGGACCUAGAGAGGGUGUACAGUGAUCCGUCUCUUGGCUCAGUGUUUGAGUUCACUACUGAACGACACACCUAUGAAGUCAAUUUGGAAGACAUGAUCCAGAGUAACAAGAGCUCACACACCCAAAGACUGGUAAGAAGACGUCCGAUCUUCAAAUCUCACAGAGAUGUUCAGAGAGCAAUUUGCAUAUCUAAUACCAACACGUCGAUUGUGCCACCUUACUGGGACCAGUCUCGAUUGCCUAGGAACGGCUUUGAGAUGGUUUUGUUGCCAAGCUCAACAGCUGAACACAAAGACAUUAAGGCCCAUUUUGAGAAAACCGCUGUGGGGUUUCACAUACUCACCAUUGAGAGAGUACAAAACCUUUACCAAUGGAACUUCUAUGAGCUGCAAAGAGAUCAGAUGAAAUCCUCAGGGACAAGCAUCAUGGAGAAACAGCUUUUCCAUGGAACUGUCUCUGAACAUGUUGACAGAAUUUGCAAAGACAACUUAGACUGGAGAGUGUGCAGAAACAAUGACAUUCCCUAUGGAAAAGGAAAUUACUUUGCCAGGGAUGCUAGUUACUAUACCAGCCAGUCCGGAGUGAGGUCCAUGUUUGUUUGUCGUGUGCUGGUUGGAGACUACACUGUGGGAAACUCCAGCUGUCUGACACCACCUCUUAAAGAAACAGGAGGAUCCAUCGCCUAUGACAGCUGUGUGGACAACAUCCAAGAGCCGCAUGUGUUCGUAGUUUUUAAAAAGUCUCAGAUUUACCCUGAAUACCUUAUAAAGUUUUAAAACCAUGCUCCCAACCCAAAUCCCUUGGUUUAACCAAACCCUACUGCCAAGCCAAAUCCUGCUUAAUUGCCAAAACUACAAUGGCAGGGGGAGCACAGGCUUUAUAAGGAUGAGUCUUGUCCUUGAGGCAGAACCGAGCAAUUUCCACUAGAUGGGCCAGCUGCAAAGUUAAAAUUCUCUAUAUUAUAAUUCAUGAAAACAAAAAGUAGCUUUUUGGUCAUAUUUUAAGGUUAGGGUUAGG